CUGUCCCCUUCCCUUUGAGCCACCGCCUUACCAUGAAGGAAGUGUUCGACUGCGAAGGCAAACCCCGCGUGGACCUCCUGAAGGCCCACCUGACCAAGGAGGGGCGCGUAGAGGAAGCCGUGGCGCUUCGAAUCAUCAACGAGGGAGCUGCCAUCCUCCGCCAGGAGAAAACUAUCCUCGACAUCGAGGCCCCAGUCACAGUCUGUGGAGACAUCCAUGGGCAGUUCUUUGACCUAAUGAAGCUGUUUGAAGUGGGAGGAUCGCCGGCCACAACACGGUACCUGUUUCUUGGGGACUACGUUGACCGCGGCUACUUCAGUAUCGAGUGUGUUUUAUACCUUUGGUCGCUGAAAAUCCUCUAUCCAAAGACACUAUUUUUACUUCGUGGAAAUCAUGAAUGUAGACAUUUGACAGAAUAUUUCACCUUCAAACAAGAAUGUAAAAUCAAGUACUCAGAACAGGUGUAUGACUCAUGUAUGGAUGCAUUUGACUGCCUUCCCCUGGCUGCACUCAUGAACCAGCAGUUCCUGUGUGUCCACGGCGGGCUCUCGCCUGAAAUACACACCUUAGAUGACAUUAAAAAGCUGGACCGGUUCAAGGAGCCGCCGGCGUUCGGACCCAUGUGUGACCUGCUGUGGUCGGAUCCUCUGGAGGACUUUGGCAAUGAGAAGACCCAGGAAUAUUUCAGCCACAACACGGUGCGAGGCUGCUCCUACUUUUACAGUUAUCCUGCUGUAUGUGAGUUCCUACAGAGCAAUAAUUUAUUAUCGAUCAUCCGAGCGCAUGAAGCACAAGAUGCCGGCUACCGGAUGUACCGUAAGAGUCAGACCACUGGGUUCCCAUCCCUCAUCACCAUCUUCUCAGCGCCUAACUACCUGGAUGUUUACAAUAACAAAGCUGCUGUACUGAAAUAUGAAAACAACGUCAUGAACAUCCGGCAGUUCAACUGCUCACCCCAUCCCUACUGGCUGCCCAACUUCAUGGACGUCUUCACCUGGUCUCUGCCGUUCGUUGGAGAGAAAGUCACAGAAAUGCUGGUGAACGUGCUGAGCAUCUGCUCCGACGAUGAACUCAUGAACGAUGAAGAUGAGAUUUUCGAUGCAAAUGCAGCAGCAGCUCGCAAAGAAGUGAUCAAAAACAAGAUCCGAGCGAUUGGGAAAAUGGCUAAAAUGUUCUCAGUUCUCAGAGAGGAGAGCGAGAAUGUGUUGACGCUUAAGGGCCUGACGCCCACCGGCAUGCUGCCAAGUGGGGUCCUCUCUGGAGGCAGACAGACGCUGCAGAGUGCCACCAUUGAAGCCAUUGAAGCCAUCGAGACGCAUGAUGAGGACAGAGAAGGUAAAACUGGUGCUCCUUCUCCUACCUCUUUUAUUACAUGCACAGGGUAUCCUGCAAGGCUUUCUGGACAGUUUAUGCAGCUUAAACUUUUCUUUUAUAAAGAGAACUCUCAAAAUUUGAAUAAAUGGCACUUUACUGUGUGGUAACUUGCAUAUUUUAGAAAAUAAACCAAACUUUGCAGAGGGUUUAUUCUACACAAUUAAUUUCGAAA